CCACCGGAGUGGCCGCGGCGGUGCUCGGUGAAGGCGACGGCGGGGCUUUCGGAUCCUGGCUGGACGGACGGCUGGAGGCGCUGGGAGUGGACCGAGCCGUGUACGGCACUUACAUUCUUGGUGUCCUGCAGGAGGAGGAGGAGGAAGAGAAGCUGGACGCCCUGCAGAGUAUCCUCUCCGCUUUCCUGGAAGAAGAUUCCCUCCUUGAUAACUGUAAGGAAAUUGUGGACCGAUGGUCAGAAACACAAAAUGUCACCAUCAAAGUAGAAAAAGAAGAUGAGGUCCAGGCCAUUACCACCUUGAUUGAGAAGCAGGCACAGAUUGUGGUGAAGCCCAGGAUGGUUUCAGAAGAGGAGAGACAGAGGAAAGCAGCCCUGCUGGCCCAGUAUGCCGAUGUGACAGACGAAGAGGACGAGGCAGAUGAGAAAGAUGAUCCGGGUGCCUCCACAACAAACAUCAGUUCUGAUAAAUCUCUGUUUCGAAACACCAACGUAGAAGAUGUUCUCAAUGCUCGAAAAUUGGAGCGAGACUCUCUUCGGGAUGAGUCCCAAAGGAAGAAGGAACAGGACAAGCUGCAGAGGGAGAAGGACAAACUAGCCAAGCAGGAGCGCAAGGAGAAGGAAAAGAAAAGGACACAGAGAGGGGAACGCAAGCGAUAACCUCGGCCACUCUGUUCCUUCCACCCGUGAAUUGAUUGUGCGUCUAUAUAUUUAAGAGAACUGAGACUAAUGCAUUUCCCAAAAUUUCUUAAGGCUUUUCCCCCUCUGUUUACAUGUUCAAAAGGAAAAUCACAAUCACUUGUUACUACAAAAUGUGCCAUGUUUGGUAGUGUGGGCAAUCAAUUCUAGUUAUUAUCUUUACCAAAGAUCUGGAAUUAGGGUAACCUUUCUAUUUUAGUACUGAAAUCCUAUGCUCUUCUGGCUUUUUAAAAAAGGUCUUCCCUCACUUUGUAUAAUUAGCCAGAUUCAGAAAGCUAACGUCCUGAAGGAAACAUGAUCAUUCCUUUUGAGAUUAAAAAAAAAAAGGAAAAAGUGCAAAUUGCUUCUAUGGCAAUAUUUGCCUCAAAAUGUAGUGGGUUUUUGUUUUGAAACAGGGUCUCAUUCUGUAGUCCAGGCUGGCCUUGAACUCGGUGCAGUGCCCUUGCCUGUUUUUCAGCCUUAGAAUCCUAAGCUUAUCAGAGCAGUGUUUUAUGGCUGAAAUAGCUAAUGAAGAGCUACCUAGAUCAGACUAGGAAAGUGGAAGAUGGUAUUUGGAUGGUAUUUGGGCUCAAGCUAUAGCUGUGUUGGGUGCCUGCUUAGCACACAAGGCCCUGGGAUUGAUCCCCAGUACUGAAGAAAAACAACCUAUGGGAGAAUCAACUGUCUUUUAAAAUGGAGCGCUACAUACUUUUCAUGUAGUCUAGGACUUAAGAAAGUAUGUGUCAAUUCGAGAUAUAAAGUUAUUGUUAGCUAAAUAACUCAUGAGUUCCCUUAAAUCCCCUCUUUAAUCUGCAGGUAUGUCCAACCUUUUGAUAUUGUGACAUAACAUUUUUUUAAAACUUGCAAAACAAAUCAUGUUUUUAAAGUAAGUUUAUGAUUUUGUGUUAGGCUGAAUUUACAGCUAUCCUCAGCCACAUGUUGGACACACCUGCAACAUGAGUAUUAAGACCUAAUAAUUCCUGGUUUAGAGAAACCGAAGGAAUUACUCUUUUAGAGAAAAACACCUGAAAUUUUGCUAAUACAAGAUAUAUAGUUGGUGGUUAACAAACUUAUGAAAUGAGAGAGUAGACAAACUGGCAGAGUCAAGGGUGAGCAGAAACUCUCCAGUCCUAUUUCUGUUACAGCUACAUCCAGCUGUAAAUAAAUUCCUUCUUUACUUGACUUUGGGCAACAGCUAUCAAAAGCCUCAAGAGAACAAUUUCUCUAACAAGAUACAGUAGAUAUUUUAUACCAGGGGUUAGAAGACUACCACUCACAGGCCAAGUUUGGCCCAGUCUUUUUUUUGUACGGGGCGAACUAAAAUGGUUUUUUUACAUUUUUAAUAGAAAGACAUUCAUGAUUGAGACCAUAUGUGGCCUAUAAAACUUAGUAUUUACUAGUAUUUGGAGAAAGUCUUCUGACUUGUUUUUGUAUCAUUAGCUACCUUUGUGCAGAAAAAAAAAAAAAAAACAUGGUUAAGGAAAGGAGAUGCUGCUGCCUCUUUAUCCUACAACCAUGGCACUGCAAAAAUAACCACCCUUUUUUAAAAUAAACUAUUUAAGUCAG